CUGUCAUAUUUGCAUAAGUGUCUCAGUUUCUCCUUAUUUGAUAGGCGAGUCUGGUUACUAAAAAGUUUUUGUAACAUCUUUGAACCAUUUUGUAGAAAUAAACCCACGUGCAGCAUGAAGUGUCAAGAAGAAUAACUUUGAAAACAAUAUUCUAAGUUAUCCUGAAUGCUGGAGUAGAAUCUCUACAUUUAUCCGAACUAAAAAUGUCAAGCAGAGCUUGCCAAAAUUGUGGUGGGACAGACAUUGAUGUCGAUCAAUCGAGAGGCAUCGCAGUUUGUACAAACUGUGGUGUGGUCCUUGAAGAAAAUUGCAUUGUUUCUGAAGUGCAAUUUGAAGAAAAUGCUUAUGGAGGUGCAUCAGCCAUUGGACAGUUUGUAUCAAAUGAUAAUCAAGGAGGCACAGGAUUUAUCAACAGCUACCGUGGAGGAAAUGGGAAACAAUCAAGGAUGGGACAACAAUUAAACCUCAACCAACACUGUAUAGAUAUGGCUGUAAACUUUUAUGGUAUGGCUCUGGCUCGUCGUUUGACAAAUGGAAGGAAGUCUUCUCAUGUUGUGGCUGCAUGCAUAUAUAUAACUUGCCGAAUGGAAGGGACUGCCCAUCUUCUGAUAGAUAUUGCAGAUGUUAUAGAUAUUGACGUUUACACACUUGGCCAUAAUUUCAUGCAAAUUGCGAAAGCAUUUAACUUAAAUAUUCCAUCAGUUGAUCCUUGCCUGUACGUCAUGCGUUAUGCUAAUCGAAUGAAUUUCGGUGAUAAAACACACGAGGUGUCCAGGACUGCCUUACGUCUUGUACAGCGGAUGAAACGUGAUUGGAUUCACACUGGGCGACGGCCUUCUGGUCUUUGCGGAGCGGCAUUACUGAUUGCUGCUCGAAUUCACGGCUUUAAUCGAACAGUGCUCGAUGUUAUCAAAGAAGUCAAGGUCCACGAGAACACCGUACGCAAACGCAUGCAAGAGUUUGGCGAAACCGCUUCAAGUAGUCUGACCUUAGAAGAGUUCAUGCAAGUAGAUCUGGAAGAAGAGCAUGAUCCUCCAGCCUUUCUUAAAUCGCGUAAGAAAGACAGAAGUGACAAAGUCGAAGAAGAGGCGACGGAAGAAAUGGUUAAGCUAGAGGAAGAGAUUAAUCGGCAGAUUGCUUUGAGUCUGGCAUAGAAACGAGGACCUUGGGCGAAAUAUUCAAAAGAGGCGCUUCAACAGCCAGUCUCUCCUGCUUCGUGUACCAGUGGAAUAAGUAGUCCAUCCGCGGACCCUGAGGUGGAUGACGUUAUUGCAGACAUGACAAUGACAGCCGUCAAGGAAUGUCUGACUCCCACUGAAGUAGCCGCCGUUGAGGCGAACACCUUACCCACUGCCGGUACAACUGAUCCCGGGGCAGACGAGUCUGCUUUAAUGCCUCCUCCUGGUGCCACAUAUCUGCAACUGUGACAUCAUACCGUUGUCAUUAAUUUAAGAAAUUCGCGUCGUCAGCAGCAAAUAAUUUUGUUUAUGCCUUUGUUGAAGGAAUAUACUAUUAGGCAGAUGAUGAAUCUUCUUCAAUACGUAAGUCAAGGCAGUAAAAAGAUUAGGCUGAACUUAACUUCCUUCAUGGAAGAUUUAAAUUUGAAUCUUUGAUAAAGAUCUUUGUUAUGAUUCAAGUGAUGAAAUUUUUGUAAAUUGAGAAAUAUACAUGACAUUCCAUUA